AAAACGUCAUCACGCUUGCACUAGGAAUUGCAAGAUGGCGGAGAGUGCGGAAUUGAAGCAAAUGGUGAUGAGCCUGCGCGUUUCAGAGCUGCAGGUUCUGCUAGGUUACGCGGGCCGCAACAAACAUGGGCGAAAACAUGAGCUGUUAACCAUGGCCUUGCAUCUCCUGAAAGCCGGCUGCAGCCCCGCCGUGCAGAUGAAGAUCAAGGAGCUGUACUGCAGACGCUUCCCCACCAAGAUGGGCUCUCCCUCAGAGCUGGUCCUGCCCGGACCACACUACCCUGCCUCGGGAGGAGGGGGCACCGCCGCCCUACCUGCCGGCCUCAGCCAGCUGGUGUAUGAGGGCCACGGGCACGGGGGAGUACCCUCGCCGGCUGCCCUGCUGCCCAUCUCGUUGCUGGGGCCUGGCAAGCAUGAGCUCAGCGGGCUGGCGCACCACCUGCCCACCUCGGCCACCCUGCAUCCGGUGCACCCAGACGUCAAGCUGCAGAGGCUGCCCUUCUACGAUAUGCUGGACGAGCUCAUCAAACCCACCAGUCUAGCAUCGGACAACAGCCAGCGGUUUCAGGAAACGUGUUUUGCGUUCGCACUAACGCCGCAGCAAGUCCAACAGAUUAGCAGCUCAAUGGACAUCUCGGGGACCAAAUGUGACUUCACAGUACAAGUUCAAUUACGGUUUUGUCUCUCUGAGACGAGUUGUCCUCAGGAAGACCACUUUCCGCCCAAUCUGUGUGUGAAGGUGAACGGGAAGCCAUGCAACCUCCCGGGUUAUCUUCCUCCAACGAAAAACGGUGUGGAGCCGAAGCGCCCCAGCCGGCCCAUCAACAUUACCUCAGUGGUCAGACUAUCCACCACAGUCCCCAACACCAUCGUGGUGUCUUGGACCUCAGAGGUUGGAAGGCACCUUCUGUGUUUUCAGAGCUACUCUAUGGCGGUGUACCUGGUCAAGCAGCAGUCGUCCACAGUACUGUUGCAGAGACUACGGUCCAAAGGCAUCAGGAACCCAGACCAUUCCAGAGCACUCAUCAAAGAGAAGCUAACCGCAGAUCCAGACAGUGAAAUCGCCACCACCAGCCUGCGUGUGUCGCUGCUCUGUCCGCUGGGGAAGAUGCGUCUGAUGAUCCCGUGCCGGGCACUGAGCUGUUCCCACCUGCAGUGUUUUGACGCUACGCUGUACAUCCAGAUGAAUGAGAAGAAACCCACCUGGGUUUGUCCCGUCUGUGAUAAGAAAGCCCCCUACGAACAUCUCAUCAUUGACGGGUUGUUUAUGGAGAUCCUGAACAGCUGUGUAGACUGUGAUGAGAUCCAGUUUAAGGAGGAUGGCUACUGGGCCCCCAUGAGGACAAAGAAGGAAGUACAGGAGGUCUCGUCAGCCUCCUACAGCAACGGACUGGAAGGCUUGCACCGGUCGGCGGUAGGGGAACAGAGGAGCUCGUCGUCCCACAACGGGGGCAGUAGUAGGAUGAAGGUGGAGGUGAUCGACCUGACCCUGGACAGCUCCUCAGAGGACGACGAUGAUGACCAACCGCCCCUCAAGAGGCCCUGCCCCUCUCUGUCCCCCACCUCCCCUCCCAUCGUCAACAAGGGAGUGUUGAACCUGCACCACCAGGUGUCCCCAGUGAGCCGGACCCCCAGCAUGCCGUCUGUGGACACCAGCUACAUCCCCCCUGUACCUCCCCUCAUCCAGGACUACCGUCCCUACUACCACGCCCCAACCCAGCUCACAGAUGUGAAUUUCUUCUCCUUUCUACAAGGGGACAACCAUCAGCAUUACAACAUGGUGAUGGCCGCCGCCGCCGCCGCCUCGGCCUCAGACGACCACGAGCUCCUCCUCAACCACUUCCGUCCCUACACCACCUCUUCCUCGUCCCAGCUGUUCCUGGACCAAUCUGGGGCGCCCUCCUCUGGCUCGCUGGCGCCCGUCAACGGUGGUGAUGGUGGAGGAAACAGCAGCGGUGGCAGCAGCAGUAGCCUAGUGUCCUCUAGCAGUCUGAGAGACACUCACAGCACACACUCCACACACUCUCACACACACCCCACGCACUCACACACACACCCCACGCACUCACACACACACCCCGGCGUAGGAGGUCGGUCCAGUGCUGAUGUGACGGCGGCCGCAUCCCUCUACGGGGCCGUCCCCGACGUGAUCUCACUAGACUGACGAUUUUGUUUUCGGCGACUAGCGACUGACUCCGAAACAGAGGGUUUGUUGGUUGUUUAAUGGAGGAUGCAGUCAUGACUACUAAACUGACGCAGAAACAGUUUAACGGUCCCACCCAGUCUACAGCUCUGGUUUUGAGUUGUGUCGUUAAGGCUGACUCCAGAACAGUGGAAUACCUGUCUGUGGCGGAGCCGGUCCCGAGGUGUCGUUUGACUGGGCUGACCCAGGAACAGUUAUAAAGUCACACCCCACAGAUGGUUGGGAUUGGCACCUAGUGUUGCUAGUUACCGGUUGGUAGCUGGCUCCCUGACGACAUUCCACUAGACUGAUAUCAGAGAGGUCUAUGGGUUUCAUCUCUGACGUCGACAGACUGGACCUAGAUCAGCUCCCUGCCGGUACCUACCAGAAACGCUAGCCGUGCAAAAACGGAGGAAGGCUCUUUUUUUUUUUUUUU